AUGAGCCAGAACAACACCAAACUAUAUGAACUCAAUCACAACUUCUCAUCCACGGGAAUUGACGAAAAGGCCGACAUAAACCAAAAAUCCUCGAUCAUAACGUUCUCAGAAAAUGAUAAUGAAAAUCCCCUCAAUUGGUCCAGCGCCAGAAAAUGGUCUAUCACACUGGUAGUCUCAUUAUCAGUGUUUCUCAUGCCACUAUCUUCGUCUAUCGUGGCCCCCGAGUUAAGCACCAUCAGCAAUGAGCUGCAGAUGGGCAGCUCUUUAGAAGCUGUCCUUGUUCUUUCAACCUUUGUUCUGACUUACUGUCUCGGACCUCUCUUAUUAGGCCCAUUGAGCGAGAUAUUUGGCAGAGUCGCUGUCCUGCAUUUCGGAAAUUCUUUUUACCUGCUCUUCAACCUGGUAUGUGGGUUCGCUCGCAACAAAGCUCAAUUGCUUGCAUUUCGACUACUCGCCGGCUUUGGGGGUGCCGGUGGCCUUGUAGUCGGCGCGGGUAUUAUCAGCGACUGCUUCGCCAAAGAGGAACGCGGCUGGGUCAUCGCCAUUUACAAUCUUGGGCCUGUCUUCGGUCCCUCCGUCGGUGCCGUGGUAGGCGGGUUCAUCACUCAAUAUACAACGUGGCGCUGGGCAUUCUGGGCUACGUCCAUCUUCGACGGGGCCUUGAUCGUCCUCGGGUUAAUCGUUAUGAAAGAGACAUACCCGCCAAUCAUCUUAGCAAGAAGAAAAAAGCGACUCCCAAACAAUCAUCUACUGAAAACACCCUACGAGAACCCAGACCAAACCCUCAGCCAGCUAUACCGCAACUCCCUCCUCCGACCCUUCAACCUCCUCCAAAUCCAACCAAUCGUCCAGCUUCUUGCCCUCUUCUACGCUUACCUCUACGGCCUAAUGUACCUCGUCCUCUCAACUUUCCCAACCCUCUGGCAAGAAAAAUACCACCAACCAAUCGGCCCCGCAAGCCUGCACUACCUCGCCCUGGGAAUCGGGUAUUUCUUCGGCUCGCAAGUGUGCGGGUUCCUCGCAGACCCAAUCUACAAAACCCUCAAGAGCAAAAAUAAUAACAUCGGGAAACCAGAGUAUCGCGUCGUCCUCAUGUUCCCAGCUUCCAUACUCGCCCCGGUCGGCUUACUCUGGUACGGCUGGGCCGCUCAGGCAGUCGUGCAUUGGAUUGUACCUGAUUUGGGGAUUGCACUUUUCGCGGCUGCCGCUAUGGUUCUGUUCCAGUGUACCACGGCUUAUCUAUAUGAGGCUUUUACGUUAUAUGCGGCUAGUGCCACGGGUGCGGUUUAUAUUCUUCGCGGGUUGACCGGGUUUGGGUUUCCGCUUUUUGGUCCAGCGAUGUAUCAGAGGCUGGACUUUAGCUGGGGGAAUACACUGCUUGCGCUUGUCGCUGUUGUUUUGGGAUUCCCGGUGCCUGUUGUUUUGUGGAGGUAUGGGGAGUGGCUUAGAGCGAGGAGUAGCUUUGCUGCUGGUUAA